CCAGAAGCUGAUAUACAUGUUGGAAAAUUGGAAGUUGUUGAUCAUUUCAUCAAGGAAGUAAAUCUGAAUAAAUUGAAAAUUAAUCACGAGCAGAAGAAAGUAAACAACAAGCAUCAGGUCACAUCAGACAAGUUUUCAUCUCUCCUAGCAUCAGUAGGCAGUGCUGAGGAACUGUCCUCAAAAUCAACCUGUACAGGCCUUGAAAAUCAGGACAAAGAAUUAUUACUGAAUGGGACGUUUAAUGAGGAGGAAUCUGCAAAGUCUUUUCAGGAAGCUUUGCUUCAAUGGAGAAAAGAUCAUCAUGGUCACAGAGAACUAUGUACCAGUGAGGACAAAUCAGAAUCUGUGGGAAUUUGUGAGGUACAGACCAAUCUCACUGCUGGGAAGAAACCUGUCCAAAUUGAAUUCAAGAAUGAUGGCCUGAGCUACAUGGAGAAACUCUUGCUUAAGAAAUACAGAAGAACUCCUGUUGAUCAAAUUUCUGGUAGUUGCAUUAAAGAUUUAAGAGCUGUGCAAACACUGAGGGUACAUCAGGCUGUGAGUGGAGGAGAGGGAGAAGAUGAUGAUGAUGAUGUCGAUGAAUUAACAGAUGAAGAAGUGAAGAGAUACUGGAUGUCUGUUUUUAGAGAAGAAGUACCCAACACAAUUUCUGAAAGUGUAGAGCCCGCUUUGAAAAUUGAGUUCCUUGAUGAUUCUUAUGGCAAGGACUUGGAAGAAUCGUCUGACUUUUUGGUGGUGGAAGCUGGGGCUGUGGGAAUGAAUAAGCAAGGGAAAACUGAAGCACUCAAGCAAUGUGGAAGUAGUUCAGCAGUUGCAGAUCAAAAUGACACAGUGCAAGACCUUUUGCAAAGAGAAACUGUAGGCAUAACGAGAAAAUCAUCUUGUCAUUUAACAUCCACAGCUGACACUCAAUAUUUUCUACCUCUUCCUCUUGACAGAAGUCCCUCUCCUUCUAAAGAAGUUUCUCAAGAAAAAAUGAUUAUCUGCAGUCAUCUUGAAAGAAAUGGAGUACAAAAGGAGAAUAUUAAACUAAAGACUAUGAGAAGAUCACUUAGCUCCUGUAAACUACCUGAGAAGAUCUCUAACCCUACUGAACUAAUGAGCAACAAAUAUCUCCUCGAGGUACAACUGCAGAAAACCAAUAAAGAUUCCCAAGAGCUGAACAGUGUCUGCGAUAGUCAGAGUUUGGUUUUGCCUGUAAUUACAAAGUCUUCAGUGUUACAGGAUGUAGCCAAAAGACAGAAAUCUUUUUCUACAAGGUAUUGGGGACUUGAAGGUUUCUUUGUUGUAGGUACAAACCCUAAACAAGUAAUGCUUGAAGCACAAUCUUCACUGUGUGCUGACUCUGUCCCUAUGGACAGCAGCAUCCCAUUUCCAGGAGAUGGAAAGUGGGUUCCUGAAAGGAGCUUAAGUGAAUAUGCUGAUGACUCUCUAGUUCAAGGUGUCUUAGAAAGUCAGUUGAACAGGCCUUCAAGUGGUUUGGAGACUCAAGAUAGAAUUUCUCCCCUGAUGUUAGCGUGGAGGUCAUACCCAGGUAAGGAGAGGAAUGAUUCCAGAAGACCUUGGUCAGCAAAUAUGCUACACUGUAAACUGAUUGGAAAUUGUCCAACAAACACACAGCCAAGACCAACAAGUUCAACUAUGUGUAUGUUUAGAGUCAAUACUGAGAUACCAAAACACAAGUGCCUUGAUGUAACUAAACAAGAUGAGUAUCUUUGGGAAUGUAAUGCUGACCAAGAAGCCCUACUUAAUCUGGAAAAAGAAUUACAAAGUUAUACAG